AUGAAAGAGCAUAUUAAAGAAAGCUAUCAAGAGAAUGCGGUGUGCAUUCGCCAUGCUGCAACACCAAAGAGAAACACCGACGUAGAUCUCGAAAAGUCUAAAAAUUUGGAAAAUUGUUGCUUUGUUUUGCAUGUUAGGCUUCCUCAGUAUCCCUAACUUAAUUUGAUGGUACAAACGUGGAAUGAAGAUUAAUUUUGAUAUAAAAACCUUUAGCAACUUUAGAGUUUACUAUUUGAAGUGCCUUGGGUUUUUUUAUCUCCCUUGGCAAUUUUGACACAGAAGGUUUUAAGGAUCUUACAAUCUUCACUUUAUUUUCAGUGAUGUGUUUGUUUUCUAGCCUGCAAAAACAGCCAUCUCUCUUUGUUCCUCGAAAACCCGAGCUUUCGAGAAAUCGGGAUUCUUCUGUAUUUUUUGUCUUAAUUUAAAAGAAAAAUUUCCUUGUCCUUGUCUCGACAACUGCUUUGCCCCCAAAAUUAAUAGAGAAAGUUAACCACAAACGACCACGUUUCCUUCCUGGUUCCGGUCGUUGUAGGUACAGAAACUUCAUGAGCCGGACAAGUAAUUGCUUACUGCGGUGAAGAAGGGCGUGCGAAAUGUAACUCCAGUAACAUAUUGAAGAAUAUCAGCUUGAUCAGUUCUAUUUUAGCCGCGAUAAACAACUUAGUUAGUCUUAAGCAAUAUUAAUCAGAUUAAAAGUACUUCGCAGAUGCAAAAAAGAAAAAAAAUGCUGUCCUUUGCUGUAAGUAUCUGAUGUGAUUAACAGUCUUCAUUCUUUAAUAUAGCUUGUGUUAAAGAGUCUCUCCAUAAGGAGCCUAGAAGAUUGAAAAGGAUCUGCUCGCUGUGCCCGACUGAGACGUUGUGAUUUCUUGUGUGAUGGAAAAUUCUUUAGACAACGAAAGGUUCAAAAACAACUUUUGCAGCUUGCUUGUGACAUGUUGUCCUGCCCAGCUUGCUUCAAACCCAGUUUGAGGUCCGCCCAGAGAUCUAUACGCCCUUCUUUUACCUCACAGUUAUUCAUCGCUUUAUUCUACAUUGCAGGCCGCGAUCAUGAACGCGGAGGCGUAAUUUCAUUAAAGGUAUCGCCCGUAGAAAGUAUCUUUCUGUGCAUUCUUGAGAUUGUUCUCUAAUUCAAAGUAACCUACUAUUUACAAAAGUACGAAAUGCCUCUUCUGCACUUUGAACUUUGUUAUGGCUCGGCGUUGUAAACGAAGACAUUUACGGAAGAGUGUUUGUUCUCUAGUUUCUGAUUUCUUCGCCCCGCGUCUCGACUCUGGUUUUAAUUUAUGAUCUUAUCCCUCUUUUGUAGUUCAUGUCAGUAGGUUUUGAUGGUGUUAAAUGGCUUUUGUUCGGAGACCAGCAGCUGCAAGUCCAGCCCUGCUGCCUCCUGAACACAGCAGCAUUGGAAAAUUUCUUGCAUCAUUGAUUUGAUUUUUUUCUCGAACCUGACUGUAUUCGGUAGAAGCGUCUCUCUCCCUGAGCAAAAACUGCAAUUGCACACUCGUCUUAACCCUUUCAGCCCUAAAGAGUGAUCAUCAUGAAAUUUCUCCUUGUGAUAUAAAUGUUUUGAAAACAGAGUGGUCACGAGAAUUGAGAAAAUGAUCACAGAAAAUAACGUAAUUGAUACCUCAACAAAUUCUCCCCACUAUUUGUCUUAAAAAUGUAGAGGAACAACAAAUGAGAAUCUGACUUUUGAUAAUGUUUAUGGUUCAGUGAAGGGUUAAACCCGACUAUAAUUUGAACCAAUUCGCUGCAAGCUCGAAACUUUGGGAUUCCAAAUAUUGUAGUUGGAUGUAGGCAUGUUUAUGUCCUCCCGUCUGUGGACCGACUUGUACUUGGGAUUCACAGUGAUGUUUUCCAAGGGACGAUCAGUUUUGUGCAGUCAUAAUCAACCGUUCUGUUUUCAGUGAUUGUCCAUCGAUUUCUUCUGACGUCACGCACUCAGUACUUAGUGCGGAUGCAUAAAAAUAUCACUUCUGACCUUGGCUAAGCAACAAACAAAUUGCAAUUCACUAUGAUCCGUAAAUGUUUUUUCGUUUCUGUUCUCAUCGAAGCGUUGCAAAAUUACUCGAAAUAAGAAAUGAAUGACGUUGCAAUCUCUGACAAUGACUGAUUAGAGCAAAAAGACUGCGGACUCUUGUAAUUUGAAUACAUUACAAGAUGCAGUGGUUGCAGUCGGUCAAUUAAAAGUGGCCUGGUGAUGUUUGUUCAUUACUUUCGGCCUUCGAGCUUUUAUCAGUGAAAACCUGUCCAGCAAAAGACGAAAAACCUGUUCAGAAAUUAACUUGCACCAGUUCUCUGUGAUUUGAUCAGUAGUGUAAACUUUACCUUUCCACAACAAUUCAGCCACUACUGGCAGAAUAAAAAACUUCUAAAUAGAAAAGAAAGUACUGAACUCAGAUCUAUAAACUGUAAGGUUUAUGAUAGCCUUAAUUAACCGAAGCAUACUUUCAGUACAUCACAAGUAAUUGAGCCCUUUGAAUUGAAUGGUCACACUUUAGUGACUAUAUAUUCACGGACUCAAAAGUUAUGUCUGUUAGCCAUAGGACUGCUUUAAUUGCACAUAGCUUAAUAACCCUGAAUAAAUUUACCACAGGUAAUAAGUUGCCUGUACUGUCUAGUAGCCUUUUUUUUUCAAAAUUGCUAGCGUUAGGAACUUUAUCGGCAGACACUUAAGGUAGAACCACUUCAUAAUUAGAAACCAUGCAUCAAGUGAAGAGUCAGAGGAAAGUUCUACUCUGGAGUCGUUUUAAAAUAAUUGGACUCUAUUUCAGUAAGGUCUGAAGUGUACCUUGCCGAUCAGAAAAAGUUAUGUUCUCACAGUGGGAUUUUAAAAAAAACAAUAAUUAAGCAAAAAAAUUUCAUGAACUUCUGAAUGGACAAAUUUUAAGUACUUUCUAUAGACUUAUGGAGUGACGUGUACUCCACCGACUCAGUUGUGACAAAAAGGAUACAACCUGCGUAUAGUUAACAGCAACGACAAAACAGGAACUCCGGAGUAGAUUCAUUGAAUAGUUCUGCUAAGUCCCCGAUAAGUCGGAUGUGUACUCACCAGUUCUUCGCAACAAACAUGCAAAUAAACAACUUCAAAUAAAGAAACCACAUGUUCUAAGGUAGACAGCCGAACGUUUCACCUAAAUCUGGGCUUUUGUCAGACCCUAAACAGGGAACGCAUUUUCAAGGGUCGUCGCCACAACCCAAACUUAUAUCAAAGGUGGUUUUAACUAUCCAUUUCGUCUCUUAGUUAUUAAUGCCAUCAAUAAUAAACAAACUGUCUCGGGGAACAAUAGGCGUAAGGCAAGCAUGUAAUGUUGAAAUGGGAAAUGUUACACUCUGUCGCACAAAAAGAUAAAUUGUAUAUAAAGUAUCGAUUUAAAUUUGAAAGAUUGAAAGAUAGGUCAUUAAGACAUACUUUGAGUGCUAAAUAAAAGGAAACUUUAUGGCUAAGCAGUUGGUCAUCUAGAUACAUUUCGUCCAUUAAUUGAAGAAGCAUCUAUAAAUUUUGAGUCUUAUAUGAAAAAUAAACAAAAUCUUGGUCUUGUAUAUCGUAGAAGUGUUUGAUAAAAUAAAUGCCGUGAAAAGUUCAGGUAUUGUCACUUUGCCGUCUACCUCAAAAUUCGAUCUUGAGUUUUCCAGUGUUGGGUGUUAAUCGACUUGUACGCCUGUUAACAAGCACGUGCUAAAAAUAAAAACGCUUACAAAGCCUUAAAAUAUGUGAAACUAAAUUGAUAUAUAGUGUGCGAUUUCCUUUGACCCCUGCUGUCAGUCUUUAGAGAGGAAGAAAUCGUCCGCUGAUCUUUCACUCUGAUUAAACCUCUCUGCAAUUCCGGGUAUAAGUUACCUCAGCAUCUCUUGCUUCUCGGCUCUAACUUAAGCUACUACCACAGUAUACUGAAUCAUUGAGCUGUAACUACAUCGCGUGCUAUCGUUUUGUUCACAAUGAGCUGAGCUCUUAACUAAUAAUACCCGUUGGUGCAUAAGACAAUGUAGUAUAUAUAUUGCACGCUUACGUAAAUGUUUCGCAUAGCACUUUGUCAAAAUGAAUCGACUCUUAUUUUGGAACGCUCGAUAAUGUGUCUUCGUCGCGGUCCAAAUUAUCAAGUAAGUAAAAAUAAUUUUCUUUGAUACUUGUUAUCAUAGUGUUCACAAUUUUAAUUAGCAUCCGUCGCUUGGGAUAAAUGUUCCUCAAUGAGCUUAUAUUGCUCCGAAACACUUUCUCAGACGUACUUUGAAUGAAAAUCCGGCUUGCAAUAGUAAUUACAUAAACCGCAUAAAGAUAUGUCUGUAUUCGCCUUAUUAGUUCUGGCUUGGUUUGCUGUACGGCUUUUCAUGAUAUUGUAAAUCCACUAAAAAGAUCAGAUGGCUUAGGAACCCACAAAAUCCAUGGCAAGCUGGGAUCAACUAAGAGCAAGAAAAUGGCCGACUUUGACGUGUAGAGUAUCCUUGAAGAUGUAGUUGCGUACCUCCUUCAGGCUGCAUGUUUUUUUAAAGUUUUCCGGAUGUCUUGCUACGGUCUUUAUAUCUCGCACACAUAUCUAAGAUUAUUAUUACACUGAAAAGUUCGCAGUGCUACCAAGUCUCUGCUGCCCAAUUAUUACGAGCGUAGUAAGCGAAAAUCGGUGAGGCGACAUUAAAUGUAGGGUACAGACCGGACCGAUUUCACCACUAACUUACUACAUACAAAUUGGAGUAUUUAGGGUCAGAUUACGUAAAGCCUUCGACUCUAACGCUAUUGGUCCAUUUUAUCGUGAUAUUCACAUGCACCUGUUGGCGACUUUCAUGUUUGUAUGUGUGUAUAGAGUGCAGUGCCAGUUUAGUUCGUCAGUGCACUUCAUGGUAAGCAGACACUCGACCGGCCUUGUUAAGUAUCGGUAGUUGCCUUCAUAAUCAUAUUUCUUUUACUUUCAAUAGUGACCCGUUAAAAAGAGAAGAGCAUAUUACACCGAGAAGUAGACAGAGAUGUAUUAUAGGUUUUAAGAUUAGACAACCAGUAUUUCUGUUUUUCCUCGACUUUCUUAACUUUUUCAUAUAUUUUACGCCCUACACUUGACCUUAUACGUCGUAUUAAAGAUUGUGCUUUUCUUGCCUAAGGCCUGCCUGAACGCAAAAUUAAGUUUUUCUAUGAUAUCUUUUUCGGCUUUGUAGCAGUUGGCUUUGUGAAAAAAAGGCACUGAAAACGCAAAACUCAGACAAAUGAUCAGGACCAUCGCGGUUAUCUAUUUAUUCACAAUACAGUGCCGCAAAGCAGUAAUCUCUUGGCUCUAAAAUUUAGAGUUAUACCGUAAAAAUACCUAAAAUAGCUCUAUUAUAAAUAUAUGCAAAAAUUAGUGUUAUAUGAUGCAAAGUAAUAUAUAUUACCCUCAAAUGUGCAGUACACUUAACUGUAUCAUAUGAGGCAAAGUUCAUUUUUGACAGCGUACGUUUGAAGUUAGAGUUAACUGAAGAACUCUGAGGACAAAUAUUGGUCAGAAGCGUUAUCUGCACCGUAAAAAUAAUUGAAUAAACAAACAAACAAGUAAGUAGAGCAACAAAUAAUCUUUAUCUAUCAUGACCAAGAUAGAUGCCUUUCUUUUGAUACAGUAAAUGUCAUGAGUUUUCAUAGGAGCAAAGGCGGCCACAUCUAAACUUCGCUCGCAAAUCACUUUUUAUCUCACCAGGCAGCUGGUUGUAUUAAGUUUUUAGUCAAAGACUCCUGUACACUUCACCUUGUUUUAAUUCUUUAGACCUUUUUCAGUUAUCUUAGAGGCGAAUCAAAGGAUAUUGCUGACACUGCACGAUGCUGGGCUAGUGACUUGUUAUUGCAAAAAAAUGGUAGCUUAGUUAGUACUGAGAAAAACAAAACGGCGGGUGGCGUAGGAAGUCGAUCGUAUGCGGAAGUACCAGCAGCUGAAUGUAUCCGUUUGCGGUUUGUUUUAUUGUAUUUCAAGCGGAUAUCAAGUGGUCCAUUACAGAGAGCUUAAUCACGCUAUUCACAAUAGUUAAACGAUUUUGUUUUUAGUCAAUAACGAGAUUUUCCUUGUCACAAACAACUACAGAAGAUAACUCUUCCGAUCAAGAAAUCAUCAAAAACUAAAAAGCAGUGAAUACUAAAUAGAUACAAUAUUAACAGAUGAAGAAAGAGUAAAGAUUUCCCCUUUCGGACUCCGCUUGUUUGUCUGCUAACGGGCAAUUGUUUGGAACUUACUUACGCACUCGACGGCGCAGCUACGUCCUUAAGCCGUGGGAACGGAAAUGCAAUUAUUGCAGGCGCACUUUUUCGUUGGGAAGCGCAAAAAUAGAGGCCGCGAAUGAGUUUAGUUCGUUUCUCUCUAUGAAUAAAUCUAUUUUGUAUUUAACUGUACGGCAUUGGGAACAAUAGGUUAAUACAUUUUAAUUGACUUAUGAAUAAACACGCUACAUAAUUUCGUCAGUACAGACGUCAUGCAUUGUUAUUAAUACUACACAGAAUAAAGAAAAAAUAAAUAGAAUGAAAAGUAAAUAAGCUAAUUUGCACACAAAAGUUUUGCCGAGUGAGCUGCUUUCAAUUAGUGGUUUGAAAGUAACGUUAACUACUCGCCAGAUGAAAACACUUUGUGGAACAAAACUCAACAGUACCAAUAAUACGACAUGAAACAGUACUGCUCAGUAGCUUUAUACAACCACCUCAUGUACAACUUAGUGCCCAGCCAAACAGCCUUCAAGGAUUUCGCGCGGUGCUGACAAAUCUGUUCAGUGCCACUUACAGGAAAUGAUAUUCAAAUUGAAGUUCAGACAGGGCCAUAAUUGCUCGGGAAGUUGACCUAGGCGGGCUCUAAUUGCAAUGAUAGACAAUACUAACACAUCCGAUGAACGUAAUGCCCUAGAUUAUUUUUUGUACACAUGUUACAUGUACAUGAACCAUAAACGCAUAGACCUUUAACUGAACCAUACGUGUUUGGAACUGGAACAGUCACUUCAGUUACUCUAACUGUCAUUCAACCUGAUAAUGACAAAAGGUUGGCCAGCGCUGGUCAAAUGUCCUAGCAACCUAUUAAGUAUUCAGGCAAAGAUCGAUGAAGUAGCCAUAGUGUUGUAUUUAUAUAAACUUCCAGAACUUCCCAUCUCCUAUCCACGUAGUCAAGCCGAAGUGACGUUCCAAUUAACAACUAGUUAGCGCGCGAAAUCUCGUGGGCGGGGGAAUACCCGGUGGUUUAAGUGCUUAUUCACUGAAACACGUGAUAAUUUGCGGUAGAGGGUCCAAAAUUAGUCCGAGAAGAAAACAUAAUGUUUAAACGCCGUCUGAUGAUAGGUAUGAGUCUGAUUUUUAAAAUGAGAAAAAUGAGCGGAUGGCAGGCUUUUGGAUGCAUAUGAAUUUUAUAGUAAACAAGAAUGUUUGGGCUCACGGCUCACACUUUGUCGUGUUCGAAUUGAACGCUCCUUUUUCGGACUCGCUCUAGGUGCGUCAGUUUAGAAAAUAGAAAAUAGAAAAUCUGCCUUUUGAAAUCCAUUCAGCUCUUGGAUUUUCUUGUUUUUGACCAAGAAAAUAGAAAAUAAACCAAGUCUUAACAGAGUUACUCAACGACACAUUUUUGAAAAAUUAUUUUCUUAAAGUAUUUUUCUUAUUAAUACUUUCUUCAAGUAUUAUGACUGUAAUCCUCUUUUGAGACUAAAAAAUAAAAAAAGAGUAACAGCAGAAAAGUGGAUAAUAGACAAACUGAAAAAAGAAAACGUGCGAAAAGGGAAACGAGCUUCGGCAACGGCGACACACUUUUCUCCCUAGGAAGAUUUUCUGAUUCAUCGGUCAACGCUUUUCAAGCCGAAUCAAUAACUAGUAUCUCUUGGAUGCAUGCUUGAUACAAGUUUCAUUGUCACUUUUUUUUUAUCAGAAAGUUACCAGAAAAUAACCUGCCGUGGUUUAGGUGCAUUUUUUGCAAAAUGUAUUUUCAUGCAUAAAAGAGUAUUGAACUUAUCCAGAAAUAUUUUCAUAUCUGGAUGUUAAGUGAAGUAGUUAUUUACAUAUUUAGGUAAGAAACAAACAAAGUAGAACAAAACAAAAAAGCGCUUUGUUCUUCACAAUUAACACCCGCCCUGAUUUCAUCAAUUGAUCCUAUUGAUAGAGCCGGUGUUACUAGAACUUGCGAAUAAAUAAGUAAAAAAAUAAUAGUAAAUAGUAACUAGUGCGUCAUACGUCCUGUUAGAGGGAACGACAGCAAUAUUCAACAGCAAGUUGAUUCGGGUAAAUUUUUUGCGUAAUAAAACCUAGGACUUAUUCUCGAAAAAACAAAGAACUAGUAAAGGCCUCAAUCACCAUGGAAUUUCUUUUGUUUCAAUCUCUCGUGUUAAUUCCUAGCGUGAAGAAAAUUCAAACUAUUUUGCAAACCUUAGCUUUGCGGGGAGAACAAAAUUAAACCAGUGUACUGCCACAUUCUAGAACACGUCAUCAUCGGUCUCUUACAUCGCCAAUAUUCUAUGAUCGCAAUACCUGUUUAGAUUUAGCGAGUCCUUUUUAUUAACCCAAUGAUGUCAUUUCUCCAUAGAGUUAUUCAACCGUUGUUUUCGUCUAAACCCAGCCCUGUUAAAGCUCAGAUAAGCAACAUAUAUCAUAUGUUAAGUAUUUUAUUUUUCUCUACGCCCAUAUUUUAGUGAUAUUGCUGGGCCAACAAAUUUGAGUAUAAAUAGCAGUAAAAACAAAUGAUGCUCAAAAUCAAGUUAAAGUUAAUUUUUAACACAAGCUGUCUCUUGAAGGUCUGAGAGAUGAAGGUUUGUUUAAUUUUGUUUUUUGUUCUAUUUGACAGAUUGCUAAGCAUUAGUAUUUUCCUACCGGCUGAGACAUUUUUCUUUUAAGAUAUUUGUUUUGAGGAAAGUGGGAAGAGCCUGGCAGCUAUAAAUGUUAAUUUAAACGUAAAAAAGAUCAGACCUUUUAAUAGUGAAAUCGAUUUUAUUUUGAAAUCACUUAUACUGUACCCAUUGAAGAAUUAUUCGUAACCAAUGAGAUGGGCAUAUUUUGGUUGGGUCACUUGUUACGGAUCUUGUCAUUAAAGAAACUGCAACAUUUCUCAUUUAUUUCGAUUAGUUGGGGUUUUUAACCUUUUUUUUUUUUCAUUAUCGAACACUCAGGUGACAAAACCUGAAAGCAUCAUGCAAGUGUACCGAUUUUUAUAUCAGAGUCAGUUCCAAACCGUCGCGCGAUGCAACAGGGAAGCUAGUCAGGAGUGAAUUAACAUCAGAGAGCUUCAGAUUCGUGGACGAGAUUUCCUCAAUACUAAGUAGUACACGCACGCGAGCCAGCGUCACUUUGGCGGGAAAACGUGAUAGCGGUCGCCAUUCUACUACGAGAAGUCGUAGUGGCGGAAACAAGUUAUCAAAUGUUAGAAGUUUUAUCAUUUUGGUAUAUCGGGAUAGGGCUUAACCUCCUUAAGUAUAAAUAACCGUUACUAACUUGUUUGGUAUAAGAAAGUAAGAUGAAGCUCCCCUGGGUGUCCUUUUUUAAAGCACACGCAAAAACUCUUGUUAAAUCUCGUACAUGUGCUCGCUCUCGUCCUCAAAUCUAAAGUUCUCUAUCUAUACAUAUUCUAAUGGAUUAUCAAUUUUCAGCUUCUUGAGGUAAAAAAAAUCGAGAAACUUUACGUUGAUCGGCCUAAACGUGUGCUUGCAGAAAUUUCGAGAGCAGACUGGCUCGCAAAAUGUUUUGCAAAAGUGGCAUGCCAAACAACCAAAAAACACCGGGUAAUUACAACCCCUUACUGUUUGUUGUGGUUGUUUUAAGGACAAAGAAUCCCGGGAUACUCCCUAUUUACAUUGUAGGUGAGAAAUUUGAAUUAACCAACAGUACCUACUUCGUAGCUAGGACAAGCAAAUACUUAGUAAUUCUCAUUGCCUGCGGCCUUUUAGAGCGGACUUCAGAUCUGACCUUCUACCUUACGAUAAAGACGUAAUUAUUUGUAUUAAGGUAUUUCAUUUCUGGUUAAAUUAUACCACAUUUUUUCAGUGAAGUGAAUUAACCGGCAUGGGCGCCAGAAGAUUGUUAAGUUGUUUCAUUGAUUAACUGCUGAUAAGAAAUAAGUAGUUUAUUCCUAAUAAGCACUUAUUAACCAGAAUGACGUGUGUUCUGUCGGAGAAAAAUUCAAAAGGGACCGGUUUUUUUAACAUUGUAUACCAGAAUGUGCGUGAAAAUUUCGUGAAUCACAACUGUGAAUGCAGCUGUGAAUAGCCUAUCGAUUUAAUUAAAAGCACUUAUUAAGAUUUAAUUUAUCGAUAAUCAUUUGAAAUUCAUGUGCGUUUUAGUUUAAUUAUCUGUUUUUCUUUCUUUCUUUCUUUCUUUCUUUUUUUUCAUUGCAAUUGUCUUUAGAAAGCACCUUAACUUUUACCCUUGGGGAAAUAGCUUCUCUUAAGAAGUUACUUAGGAAUUUCAGUUAUAAGUUAAACGGACGACCGUUGUUUACUAUUUUUCAAGUUUACUUAGGGUAAUUAGUUAAAGAGCACAACACUGAACAUUUUUCAGCUAUCCUGUUUACGGUUGAGAUUAAUAAGCUCAUUAAAUGAUCUGAAUUUCUUGUUUGUUUCCUUUGUUUAGUUUAUUCUGCUCUUGGUGACAUUUCUCACUACUAUGACGUCAUUUAUUAACUCGUUGCCAUGCCAGCAAAGGCCUGGAGUAAAAUUAAAAGCUGCACAAGUACUACAUCAUCUCCGUCAAAGAUAUUUAUUUGUAAAGAAAUUUAAUGUUGGGCGCCUUCCACAACCGAGGAAGACAAGAUCGACCACUAUACCUGGUACGGAUUAUUGUCCAUGGGACUGGAAGGAGGACAUAAAUCCCGAUAGAGUCCCUAGAACUCUCGUGAAGGCUGCGUGUCCCGGAUGUUCACAUUUUUGUCGAGCUGUUGUAUAUCAUCACAACGUUUUGGUCUCGAGAUGCGACACAAAAACGGGAGACAGGGUGUGGAAAUGGAAACAAAAAGUUCUUCCAAUAGCUUUUGUGUACGACCCUUACAAAUGA